AUCUAGAAAAAAUCUUAUCGUAAUUAAACCAGAAAAAUGUAAAGUAAAUGAACAAAAACAAUUUUUAAAGUUUGGGCUCAUAAAUAUUAGAUCACUCGCACCAAAAGCAGUUAUUGUAAAUGAAAUGAUCACAGAUAAUAGUUUUGAUUUACUCUGCUUGACUGAAACCUGGCUAAAACCAAAUGAUUAUUUUGGUCUAAAUGAGUCUACUCCACCAAACUACUGUUAUAAGCAUGAGCCCCGUCAGACUGGUCGUGGCGGAGGUGUUGCAACAAUAUAUAGUGAUAUUCUCAAUGUUACCCAGAAAACAGGAUACAGGUUUAACUCUUUUGAAAUACUUCUGCUAAAAGUUACUCUGUCAGACAUGCAAAAGAAAUCUAAUGUAUCUCUUGCUCUGGCUACUGUGUAUAGACCACCAGGGCCGUAUACAGAAUUCCUGAAAGAAUUUGCAGAUUUCCUCUCAGACCUUCUAGUUACAGUUGAUAAGGCGCUAAUCAUGGGAGAUUUUAAUAUUCACGUUGAUAAUGCAAAUGAUACAUUAGGACUUGCGUUUACUGACCUAAUAAACUCCUUUGGAGUCAAGCAAAAUGUCACCGGGCCCACUCAUCGUUUUAAUCAUACACUAGAUUUAAUUAUAUCGCAUGGAAUCGAUCUUACUGCUAUAGAUAUUGUACCUCAAAGUGAUGAUAUUACAGACCAUUUCCUUGUAUCGUGCAUGCUGCGUAUAACUGAUAUUAACUAUAUGUCUCAGCGUUACCGUCUGGGCAGAACUAUUGUUCCAGCCACCAAAGAAAGAUUCGCAAAUAACCUGCCUGAUCUAUCUCAACUGCUAAUUGUACCCAAAAAUACACACGAAUUAGACGAAAUUACUGACAACAUGGGCACUAUUUUCUCUAAUACAUUAGAAGCUGUUGCCCCAAUCAAAUUGAAAAAAGUUAGAGAAAAACGUACUGUACCAUGGUAUAACAGUAAUACUCACUCUCUCAAGAAAUUAACUCGUAGUCUUGAACGCAAAUGGAGAAAAACUAACUUAGAAGUUUUUAGAAUUGCAUGGAAAAACAGUAUGUCCAGCUAUAGACAGGCUCUAAAAACUGCUAGGGCAGAGCAUAUACACAAACUCAUUGAAAAUAACCAAAACAAUCCUAGGUUUUUAUUUAGCACAGUGGCUAAGUUAACAAAUUACCAGAUGCCACCUGAUUCAAAUAUUCCACCAACGUUAAAUAGUAAUGACUUUAUGAAUUUCUUCACUGAUAAAAUAGAUAACAUUAGAAAUACAAUAGCGAAUGUAGAUUCUACAGCGUCUAACACUUCAGUUUCAUCCAUCGCACCCAAAGAUAAACUGCAGCGCUUUACAACCAUAGGACAGGAAGAGCUAAAUAAACUUAUCACUGUAUCUAAACCAACAACAUGUUUAUUAGAUCCUGUACCCACUAAAUUACUGAAAGAGCUGUUACCUGUAGCAGAAGAAACACUUCUCAAUAUCAUAAACUCGUCGUUAACUUUAGGACACGUCCCAAAACCAUUCAAGCUGGCGGUUAUCAAGCCUCUUAUUAAGAAACCAAAACUAGAUCCUAGUGUACUGGCAAAUUAUAGGCCUAUUUCAAAUCUUCCAUUUAUGUCUAAAAUUUUAGAGAAAGUUGUGUCUGCUCAAUUCUUCUCCUAA